CAGAGCAGAGAGCAGAGUUAGCCGGUUUCCUGGUCCUCACCGCCCCAUCGCCUCACCGCCUCACAGCCUCACCGCCAUCAACCUCUUGCACACUGCAAGGUCAAGAAUGAUGUCAAGGUUCCGGCCUGUGGUGCUCCAACAACGGCGUACUUUUUCUGUCGUCGUCGACGGCGCAGCUUCACAGAGCUUGGCCGAGCGAGGAUAUACAUAUGUGAAAGGGUUGCGUGUCCUCGAUGACGUCACGGUAGCAAGACUUCGGGUACGACUACCUCUCCUCUUCCGAGGCGAAUUCGACACCGGGGUUUAUCCCGACGAGAUGCACUGGCGGGAAGGGAUAUCGAGGGACGACGCACCGCGCGAGAUCGUCAACGCGUGGAAGGCAGAUCGCACGGUGGCCUCAGUGGUGCUAAGCGAGCACCUCGCAAGGCUCGCUGCUUCGCUGGCAGGGUGGGACUCGGCUCGAAUUGCCCAGGACGAUGUGGUGUGGAAACCCCCGGGGUCUGGCCCUGUUGGCUACCAUCAAGAUUCGGCGUACAUCAGCAGGCAAUUUACUCCGAGAGCGAACAACUCUGUGACGAUGUGGAUUGCGUUGGAUGACUGCGAUCGGGAGGGGUCGGCGGCCGACUCCUCCACAAGCCGGUCCUCCCUGCCUUCUUUUCACGGAGCCGAUGCAUCCAACUACCGAGCACCGGCAGAGGCGGCUGCUCUAAGCCUCGGGCGCCGGGUUGAGUUUGAGGCGGUCGCCGUAAAGCCCGGAGAGUGUGUUGUGCACGCACAGGACUGCUGGCACGGAAGCGCCCCCAACGUUUCUGCGCAGCGCCACCGUCGUGCCCUGGUGGUACACUUCCUCAGAGGAGAUGCGAGAUUCAUCGACGGACACUCGCUUCAGCGAACCGGCGGCCCAUCGUACAUUUACAGCAGGUACAAGAGCUUAGACAGCAACCGCCUGCCGGAAGAGGCGUUUCCCAUCACCUUCUCCAAGGACGGAUACCGAACAGGGUGGAUCGACACCUUCCUGAUGCCUUAG